AUGAUGAGGCAGUUUACGUUAGGAAUUUGCGCCAUGGAGUCCAAGGCAAAGAGUCCUCCAAUGACCGCGAUUCUGCAACGUCUAGAAAGCAGCAGUGACUUCCAAAUUAUAAUAUUCCCCGAGGAGGUGAUUUUGCAUGCAUCAAUUGAAAGCUGGCCUAAGGUUGACUGCCUAAUAGCUUUCCACUCCACAGGGUUUCCCCUCUCAAAGGCCAUAGAAUAUGUAAACAAGUAUAAGCCUAUAAUUUUGAACAGUCUGGAAAAACAAUCGUUAUUUCGCUCACGUCAUCAAGUAUACCAGGAAUUGAAAAAAUGCAGAAUUCCUCACCCCAACUAUAUAGUCAUCGAUCAUGAGGCCGUUAAACGAGGGGAGCACUCAUUUGAGGAGCACUCUAAUUAUAUAAUUUUUGAUAACAUACGACUGAACAAACCGUUUAUUGAGAAACCCAUAAAUGCAGAGGACCACAACAAUUGGAUUUACUAUCCCAUGAACGCAGGCGGAGGGUGUAAAAAAUUGUUCCGAAAAGUACACGACAGGAGCAGUGAAUACUGCCCAGAUUUACAUACAGUGCGUAGAGAUGGCGUCUACUUAUACGAAGAAUUCAUGUCGACAUUCGGUACGGAUAUCAAGGUAUACACUGUGGGCCAGAUGUUUGCACAUGCAGAAGCCCGAAGAGCGCCAACGCUAGAUGGCCGAGUAUGGCGGACUCCUGAAGGAAAAGAAGUUCGGUACCCAGUGAUUCUCACAGAAGUUGAGAAGAUAAUUGCGUACCGCGUCGUAUCCCAUUUUGACCAAACGGUUUGCGGUUUUGAUAUACUGCGCACAACUAACGGGCCAUACGUAUGCGAUAUAAACGGAUGGUCUUUUGUAAAGGGGAAUAAGAAAUACUAUCGCGACUGCUCUCACAUAUUGCGCAUAAUGUUCCUGCUCAAGUUAGAGGAGAAGUACCAGAUUAUUUUAAGAAACGUCAUUCCCCCAAGUUUUGUGGCUCAGGAGACGGAGGAGAUGUUCAGACGAACCUUUGGGGAAGAUAUAAGCAAUUUUCAUAAGUCAGACGAUACCGAGGAAUUGUGUUCAGUGAUUGUGGUCAUGCGACAUGGGGACAGAAAGCCCAAACAAAAGCUAAAAUUUUAUUCCCGUGCUCCACAGGUUCUCGAUUAUUUCAACGAUAAAAGGUACAUCUCUAGUAUGUCGAUUGAGUGCGAAUAUAAUUGUACUGGUGGCGAGCUGGGGGGGUGCAACAAGAAGCAGAUCAAACUCAAAUCUCCAGAAGAGAUGAAGGUACUGAUGGCGAUAAAUGAGGAAAUAAUUGAAGAACUGAUAAAGGAACCCGGUAAAUAUGACAUCGAGCCCUUUGAGGUAGGAAGGAUGGAGCCCAUGUCAAUGUUGCAAAACCAUCGUCUGUUGGACCGCGUGUUAAAGAUUGGAGAUGGUUUUACAGGAAUAAAUCGCAAAAUACAGCUUAAGCCAGUGCUUUGUGAUGGAAAAAAAGUCACCAGAGUUCUAAUUGUUGCCAAGUGGGGAGGGGAGCUCACGGGCGUAGGGAGGAGGCAGGCGGAAGACCUAGGCAGGCGGUUGAGAGCAAGCUUGUACCCAGGAGACUCGACUGGGUUGAUUAGGCUACAUUCCACUUACCGGCAUGACCUCAAAAUAUAUACCUCAGACGAGGGCCGGUGCCAAGUUACCUCUGCGGCAUUCACUAAAGGCAUUCUCGACCUAGAAGGGGAAUUAACGCCAAUUUUAGUGUCUAUGACCCUACGAAACGAAAAAUCGUACAGUUUGCUCAAUGAUGGUGUGACAGUUGCAGAAAGGAGUGAGUGUAAGAAGCGACUGCAGAAGUUGCUGAAGCUGCGCUCCAAGCUUAAGCACACGGACCCCGCCGAAAUGGACCGUCUACUCGAUGCCGUGGACCUGACCCCUGCCGAAAAGCCCUAUUACUUAAAAGCUAUCGGUGAGAUGAAUUCUCUGCGCUUGACAAUAGGUGUUGUCAAGGACUUUUUGCGUGUUUUGAACGAGGAAAUUUGCCGGGUUAAUGCUAUUGAGGGAAGUGGCUCUGCCUACAUUUCUGACAUUCUCAAUGAAAUAGGGUUUAGAUGGAGGCACAUUUUAAUGAAAUGGAAGGAUGGUAACGAUUUUGAUUACCUUGGCAUUCCGGAUAUAGUGGACAAUCUGCGGUUUGACCUGAUCCACCAUCACACGUAUUUGGGUAAAGCCUUGGGGGCGCUUUUCACUAUCUAUAAUACAGUCCAAGAUAUGAAUAACGUGAUCUCUCCUUGUGAGUACGGCGUCACGCCAGAAGAGAAAUUGACUAUAGGAGCAAAGGUCGCGAAGCGACUUUUGAUGAAAAUCCUCCAUGACGUGACGCUAGUCAAGGAUAUGACAAACGAACGUGCAGCUAAAUCUAGCCAAAUAAUAUUACCUGGCAGGGAUAUGUGCCGUAAUCGUGACCUACUUUACGCAUCGUUGGUCACUCCGGUGAGCGUAGGGUUCAAGGGGUUUAAGACGCCCUGCAAGGGCGAUUUUUUAUCCCCUAACUGUACCGAUGCCAAAGCCCUUAUCGAGACGCCGGCUGCAGUUUCCGUCGUGGCGGCGGCCUCGGCCAGCGCCGCAUCUAUAGCCGCCACAGCCCUGGCAAUAUCUUCAAUGGCGGAAGAUGAUAAACCGUUAGGGGAAAACUCAAUAAACUCCAUUGUGGGAGGGCUCAGGCCUUCGGAUAUGUUCAGCAUGGUUUCAUGUUCUAAUGGAAAGGGUGAACCAUGUCUAACCCAGUCUCACAAAGAAGGGGACGCAAUAAUGGUCCUGAAUAACAGUAAAAUGUGGGUUCACCAAAAUGAAUCCUCCGAUAAGGGCGUUGUAUCCUCGCCUUUUUCUCUGAAUAGCGAGGCUAAGUCCGAUGACGAGCACUCUGUUCGGCUGCUGGUGAAUCAAGCCCGCGAACUGGGAAUCAGAUCGCCCUGUCGAAUGGUGAGAUCCCGCUACUACGUAACAUCUGCAUCCUACAUGUUUUCUCUACUGAACAUCUUUAUACAUGCAAAGGAUGAGCAGGGGGAGGGUAUUUUGGACGAAGAUCAUUGUGCGACAAAUACCAGCACCAUCACUGACAUGCAUUAUUUGUCCCACAUCGUGUUGAGAGUGUGGGAGAGGAAGGGUUCCGGGAAGGAUGUCGCUGGCGCCGGCUCUGAUAACUAUAGGCUUGAGAUACUGGUGAGUUCUGGGGCCAAGGACGGAUUUGGUCAGAACUAUGAGUUGUUGACCAGGAACUAUGAGUUGAUGAAGGGUGUGUCGAAGCCCAUAGAAAGUGCAGAGAUCAUAGACGCGCCGUUGGAUGACCAUGUUUUUGACGACGAUUCUGGGGGCAUGCAUACCUACGAGUUCAUGCAUAAUGAACAGUCCUACAUGUUAGACCAAGUAAAUUACGGGACCUCCAUGUCGUGUAGUCGCGCCAAGAACAUUGGCAUGGACUUUUCUUGCAACCCCAGUUUAUCUAUUAUAUCAAGGGACUCUAACUGCAGCUAUCUGGAUGUGGAUGCUGAAGGGUCCAAUAAAUGUACCGACAAGGGGGUGCCUCCCUACUGCGAAUUAUCUCCCCUUGUUACUCUUACACUAGACUGCCCAUUACACAGGUUUGAAAAAAUCAUAUCACGCCUCGUUCAGUCGGUCUAA